UCUGUUUGCCGGUAUCACUUGUAUUUCCUGUGCUCUGAUUGGCGCUAGAGGCUCUCAAAGAGGAAGGAAAAGGACCCUCAGAAACCCAAGCAAGCAGUGAGUGUUGUUGUUUCGUUCUGCAAUCACUCACCUGUUGCUUGAAACUACUUUUCCGGGUAAAGAUCAGCACAUCAGUCUUGAACAUGUCUUCGUUGAAAGUGAACGCUCCGGAGGUGCUCAAGGAGUCCAUCGUGGUUCCGGCCAAAUCCCUGAUGGGUCCGGGUCCUUCGAACUCGGCCCAAAGGGUCUUGAACGCCAUGUCUCUGCCCACUCUGGGUCAUCUUCAUCCCGAGUUUCAGAAGAUCAUGGAUGAUGUCAAGGCUGGGAUUCAAUAUGUGUUCCAAACGAAGAACGCCUUGACUUUGGCCUUGUCGGCCACUGGUCAUGCGGCCAUGGAGGCCGUGAUGGUCAACAUGCUGGAGAAAGGGGAUAUCGUGCUCAUCGCCAACAACGGCAUCUGGGGCGAAAGAGCAGGGGAUAUGGCCACAAGAGCCGGGGCCAAUGUCAAGAUGAUUCAAAAAGAGGCCGGAGGAUCCUUCUCUUUGGAGGAGAUCAAGAAGGGUCUGGAAGCUGAGAAGCCGAAACUUCUCUUUGUCACCCACGGGGAAUCCUCCACCGGUGUGGUGCAAAACCUUGAAGGACUCGGGAAACUAUGUCACAGCAUGGGCGUUUUGUUUGCUGUGGACACGGUCGCCUCACUGGGAGGUGUUCCCGUCGCGGCUGAUGAUUUGGAGAUUGAUGUCAUUUACACGGGAAGUCAGAAAGUGCUGGGCGUGCCUCCGGGUUUGGCUCCCAUCUCGUUCAGUCCCAAGGCGGUGGAAACUAUCAAGGCUCGAAAGUCCCCGCCUCAAUCUUUCUAUUUGGAUAUGAAUUGGUUGGGACAAUAUUGGGAUUGCUAUCCCAACCAAGCCAGGGUCUACCAUCACACAGGGCCUGUGAACGCCAUUUAUGGAUUAAGAGAAGGAUUGGCUAUUGCGGCUGAGGAGGGUCUGCCGAGUUUGUGGAAACGUCAUGCCGAAUGCGCCCAACAACUUCACAAAGGUUUGGCUAAUCUUAAGUUGGAACUCUUUGUUCCAAAGGCCGAUGAUCGAUUACCCACAGUGACCACAGUGGUGGUGCCUGAUGGACUGGACUGGAAAGCGGUGACCGUUCAUGCUAUGAAUACGUACAAGGUAGAAAUUGCCGGAGGCUUGGGACCCAGCGCUGGCAAAGUGUGGAGGAUCGGGCUCAUGGGACAGAAUGCUUACCCAGAGAAGGUGACUCUGGUCUUGAAGGCUCUGGCAGAGGCCAUUGAGCAAGUGCGCAAGUUGGGUGGUAAACUGUAAAGCACUUUGCUUGGGCCUUGUUCGUUGACCUCUUGGAAAAUAAAUGCAGAUUUUCAACGGUG